CACUGCAGGGGAUCCCGGGGAAGGAGGGAGAGAGGAAGGGGAACAUAAUUCGGGUCCAAGCUUUUGACCCUGUGCCCCCGCCCCCAUCGCCCUCUGGGAAGCUGCUCAGGAGGAUGGGAGUAGGAACUGAGGAGGAAGAACUACCCCUAAUCCCCAUUCGGUCACCCACCCCUCCCCAUCCUCCCCUGCCUGCCUGGGUCCAGUUUGGCGGCUCAGCUUGGAUGGUGUCUCCAACUUGCCUUGGGGGAUGGGAGGGAUUUGGAAAAGAAAGGUUUGGAACCCAAGACCUUGCCCCUGUGCCCUGGCAGAGAGGUCAGAGCCUUUGAAACCUCAGCCCGGCCACGGAAUAAAUAAAUGAUGACUAUUUAAAUAAAUAAAACAACCUCCUCACCGCCCUCCCGAGCGGCUACUUCGGUGGGGCGGGGAGGAGGGAGGAGUGGGGCGGGGGGCGCCGGCUCGCUGCGCAGCCCCAAGUCCCACCUUAAGAGGCGGUGCCUAGCGCUGGGGAGUGUCAGGAAGAGGAAGAGGCUAAAGGGAGCGGAGCGGGAUCCGGAGCGAACAAGCAAACGAGAGAGCCAGUGGCCGAGGCAGCAGCAGCGGCGGAGCAGCCAGUCCAGCACCGCGGCGCAGCACAGAGAGCAGCUCCGCGCCGCGCAAGCAGCCGCCCGCGCAACCCAGCGCCCCAGCCCAGUCCAGCCCAGCCCAGCAGCUCCGCGCGGCGGGGCUCGGCCAGACAGACCCCCGGCCACAAUGGCCACCGACGAGCUGGCCACCAAACUGAACCGGAGGCUGCAGAUCGAGGACGGCGGUGAGGGCUCCGAUCACGAGCAGGGGCAGGAGCCUGGGCUCAACGGGGCCGCAGCCGGGCCAGGGCCCGGGGCGCCCGACGAGUCCGGGGACCCGCUGGCCAGCGCGGACUGCGAGCUCAGCGCCAAGCUGCAGCGGCGCGCCGACCUCAACCAGGGCAUCGGCGAGCCCAUGUCCCCCAGCCGCAGAAUCUUCAAUCCCUACACCGAGUUCAAGGAGUUCUCCAGGAAGCAGAUCAAGGACAUGGAGAAGAUGUUCAAGCAGUAUGAUGCUGGCCGAGAUGGUUUCAUAGACCUGAUGGAACUGAAGCUCAUGAUGGAGAAGCUUGAAGCUCCCCAGACACACCUGGGUCUGAAAAACAUGAUUAAAGAAGUAGACGAGGAUCUCGACAACAAAUUGAGCUUCCGGGAGUUCCUCCUAAUUUUCCGGAAAGCGGCAGCAGGGGAGCUCCAGGAGGACAGCGGACUUCAUGUUCUCGCCCAGCGCUCUGAAAUUGAUGUCUCAACAGAAGGAGUUAAAGGAGCCAAGAACUUUUUUGAGGCCAAAGUCCAAGCAAUCAACGUCUCCAGCAAGUUCGAGGAAGAGAUUAAGGCUGAGCAGGAGGAACGGAAACGUCAGGCGGAGGAGCAGAAACAGAGAAAAGCUGCCUUCAAGGAGCUGCAGUCAGCCUUCAAGCAGUGAGCAGGAGCAGGUCGGGGCCCGGCCACCCCCUCCAAGCCCUCUGCCCCACUGGAGGCUCCAAGGAAUGCUAUCAAGGAUAGGCCAAGUAGCUCAUGGUUGACGGACCAAUUCUAAGAGCUGUUGCCUGUGAACGAUGAGCCCAGCUGGGCCUCAGCCCAAACUCCCAAGUCCUGCCUGUUUGCUCUUGCUGUUCUCCCCUAACUGCAAAUGUAGCCAUUACCACCGGCAUCUUCACCUCCCUCCUCUCAGAACUCUGCCCAGUCCAGGAAAUCCCCUGUGAAUGUCAGUCCUGCCUCCCUGUCUUCUGGACCCUCAGGACUCCCCUGAAGCUCCCAGUGCAUGGGCAAUCCCUUAAGAACAUGCCUUUUUUGGCCAGGUAUGGGCACAGACCUCCUCCCUCUCUCUCCCUCCCCUCUUCUUCCUCCUCCUGUGCCCUCAUCUUAUUUUUCCUUCUCCAUUGCCUGCCAACUGCCUCAACACCAGCCCCAUGUAGGACCCUCAGAGUUCAAUAAGGUCUCUAUCCCCCUCCUCUGGAGCCAGUUCCCCUCUCUGGAACGUAAGAAAAGGGAAAGGACUUGGCAAUCAUUCAAAGAAUAGAGAGGGGCAGCCAAGAUAGAUGGAGCAUAGAUCAGCGCCCUAGAUCAGUAGAGACUUCAGAGGACAUUGAGUCUAACCCCUUCAUUUUACAAAUGGGGAAACUGAGGCCUGGGGAACCUGUGUCUUGCCCUAGAGGUCUUCAACAUUUCUCGAAAAGGCUUCUUUCCCUGCCCCCAGAUCUGGCAAGAAAGCCUUGAAGCCCCAUGUGGGCAGUUCAAAUCAUGGUGAUUAUAUCCUGAAGUUAUGGGCACCAAGCCUCCCAGGCCCUAAGAUCUAACUCUUUGUAUCUAGCAUGGAUUGAGGAAGGACCAGUCUACCUCGUGGGCUCACUCUCUGCCAGGAAGUCAUCUUACUGGAUGUCUAAGGCACAGGUGGGCGCAGUGGGGCAGAAGCACCCAGCUCCCCAUUCCCCACAGGUCUCAGUGAGGCACUGGAAUCCUGAAAGACUUAAUAAAUAAGUCAGGGGAAGUGCUGGGCUGGGCUGGAGGACGGGAGGGAGGGAGAGGAUGGAGACCAGGAGGAAUGGACUGACAGUCCCCAAAGAAAGGGAGAGGAAAAGUAGAGAUAUCACAAUUCUCCAGGCAGCAUCCAAAAAGUGCUUUUAGGUGUAUUUGCAUGCACUGUGACAUUGCAGAGCCAAAAGGUCCCCCUGAGCCCCUGGGUUCUGCCCCUUCUCCUUUCACACUUCAGACCACCAUCCAUCCAUCCAUUCGUCUCUCCAUUCACACAAAUGUGUGGCGCAGCAUCCCACUGGACAUCCUUCACCGACUUGCCAGGUUGUUUUUGGCAAUCUAGACAAGUCUCCUUGUAUCCACCAGGCUGGGGAAGCAUGAGAACCCCCUGGCCUGGCUCCCGUGUGACUCCCCCAAACCUGACGGCCUGAGCGACAGCCAGUGGUGGCCUUGCUUCCUGAGAUGUUGUUGUGUUUUCUGUCAAUGUGAUUUCUUAAUGCUGUGACCAGUUGUCAGUCAGUCAGUCGCCCAGCCGAAACACAAACCCACCCACUAUGCCACUAACGUUAUGCAACCUCUCUGUGUCUCUUGUGACAAUGUCACCGCUUUCUAGACUCAAUAACCCUUUAUUUUAGUAAGAUUCUCAGAUCAUACUAAGCUCACUGUCGAACUUUCAGAGGUUUUAUUUUGGUAUAAAUAAUCUGCAGAAAUCAGAGAUACUAAUGAGGCAGCAACCGAGGUCCCCCGGUGGUGUUUCUUUAGCGGAUGUCUUUGUACAGAUGACUAUAAAAUACUUUUCUUUCUUUUCUUUUCUUUUUUUUUUGCUUUUGGGUUUGUUUUCCCCCUUUAAAAAUACUUCAUUCGGUGGAACAGUUAUUUUUUUUAACUAAAAUAUGAUAAAAACCA